AUGAAAUUAGACCAUAUUGUUAAAAAAAAUAUAUAUUUAUUUAUUUAUUUGCUGUUUAAUGCAUUUUUAGGAAAACCAGGUAAACCAGAGGGACCACUACAAGUAAGUGAUGUUAAUAAGAAUGGAUGCAAGUUGAAAUGGGAUAAGCCAAAAGAUGAUGGAGGAGAACCAAUAGAUGGUUAUGUUGUUGAGAAACAAGAUCCAGAUACUGGUUCAUGGAUACCUAUUGGUAAAACUCAUGCACCAGAAAUGGAAGUUACUGGUUUAACUCCUGGAAAAUCAUAUAACUUUAGAGUAAAAGCUGUUAAUAAAGAAGGUGAUUCAGAACCACUUGAAACAACAGAACCAAUCACUGCUAAAGAUCCAUAUAAUCCUCCUGAAGCACCUGGCAAGCCAGAACCAACAGACUGGAAUCGUGAUCAUGUUGACUUGAAAUGGGCUGCACCUGAUAAAGAUGGAGGUGCACCAAUUACCCAUUAUAUUAUAGAGAAAAAAGAAAAAGGAAGUCCACGUUGGGAAAAAGCUGCAGAAGUUCCAGGUGACCAGACUAAAGGAACAGCUCCUUUCCUGGAUGAUGGAAAAGAGUAUGAAUUCCGAGUUAUUGCUGUUAAUAAAGCUGGACCAAGUGAACCAAGUGAAACAUCAAAACCAAUAGUAGCCAAGCCAAGAUUCCGUAAGUUUUAAAAUUAAUUUAGAAAC